CAUUCUUGAUCGUUGAUCUUUAUUUAUCUUCUUCCAGACAAUGUUCAGUUCUAAUUUGAUGAAAACUUUGUCAGGUUGAGCUGGCUUGAUGCCUACCCCUUUUUUGGAAAAGUGCAGCUGGCAAUACCAAUCUCAUGGUUGGGAUUCAACCAUCAUUUAAUUGAAUUAAAUCUAGAAGGCUGGAAUAUGAAGGACUUGUUUCUCCUGAUACUGAUAUGGGAUGAUGAACGACUUGUAGAGUUUCAUAGGUUUCAGUAUAUGAUGUGCCCCAUUCUAGAAUACAAAACUAAGAACACUAAUAAUCUGUGUCUGUGGGAAGCCAAAGCUGGUGCUGAAGACUAUGUCGGAGACAACUGUGUUCACCGUUUGAUUCAAUCCAAAACUGAUGGGAAGUUGGUUGAGUUGAAUCGCUAUUGUGCACAUGCUGAUGAUGGUUGUGGUAGUUGUGACUGUAGUAUUGAUACUGGAUUUAGUGAGACUCUUGAAUGGUAA